GAGCGUCUGGCGAGUUGUAGUAGCACAGCCAGUCAGCCAUUGACACAUCACCACGCCUCACAGCCCUCACAAUGGCCUCAAAACGUGCUGUCCAGCUGCUCACACGCCAGUUGCAGUCUGGCCCUGCCCGUCAGAUCGCCGCAUCGCAAGUCCGCCAUCAGUCCUCAUCGACGUCCGCUAUCGCAUACAAAGCCCUCCAUCGCCGCAUCGCUCCGCUCCCCACUGCUGGCCAGCCGGGCUCCUCCAGCAUUUCGCCUGCCGCCGCUGUCUCGUCCAUCCUCUACGAGACUCCCCUCCCCGACAAGGCACCUCCCAAGAGACACGUCCUCAACUGCCUCGUUCAAAAUGAGCCCGGUGUGCUCUCCCGUGUCUCGGGAAUUCUUGCAGCACGUGGUUUCAACAUCGACUCCCUUGUCGUAUGCAGCACGGAAGUCGCAGAUCUGUCGCGUAUGACAAUUGUGCUGCAAGGUCAGGAUGGCGUUGUCGAGCAGGCCAGGAGGCAGCUAGAGGAUCUGGUCCCGGUGUGGGCUGUGCUGGAUUACACUCAAGCACCACUUGUGCAGAGAGAAUUGCUGCUGGCCAAGAUUAGCAUCCUUGGACCAGAGUACUUUGAGGAGCUCCUGGCUCACCACAGGGAAAUGACGGGCGAUGCGACAUACGGAAGCGUGGACUCCGCGGCUAUUGGUGGUGGAGACCUUGGCAAUAUCGAUGGCCAGCCAGAGGCUACCGCAACUUCAGCAUCUUUCGAGGAAGGCGUGGAUGUUGCAUCAGACAUUGACUUCCAUCCACGAAACCUGGCCCCAUCCGAGGCCCUCCGAAUGAAGCACCAGCAUCUCGAGACCAUCACCUAUCUGACUCACCAAUUCGGCGGAAAAGUGCUCGAUAUCUCCACAAACAACUGCAUUAUUGAGCUCAGUGCCAAGCCGAAUAGGAUCGACUCGUAUAUGAAACUCAUCUCGCCGUUUGGCAUCCUCGAAUCGGCACGAACAGGUCUCAUGGCAUUGCCUCGAUCUCCGCUUGAAGGCGGCGAGAGCGAACAGACGAAGGAAGUAGAAGAAGUCAUGGAUGCUGCCGCACUUCCUCCUUCAUAGGCGAAGUUGGACACUGCGACAUUGGCUUCUUUUUUGGAAUCUUUCCACAUCUCCGUCAUAUUCUGGUCAUGGGAACGGACGGAAGACAGGCUCAUGCAUUGGUUAGCAGCGGUGUUUGGGUGUACAAUACUGAAUGUUCAGGGUUUGUCCCACAGAGGCCUCAACAAGCUGGAACUGCUGUACAUGGACGUAAUGGAUUCACUUCGAUUCGGCAGAGCUACAUUGAAUCCCACUCAAGCCUACCAGGCUGGCCCGGCAGCACACUCGGCAGCACGCAGUAUGACGUGCAACAGAUCGUACUGCUCGGAUACAUGCGCGUGGCUCUGCAUAGGCGUUUCUGGCCUCCCCAGACAAGAACCGCUCAAGGAUCUUAUCUCGGUGCCUGAAGUCUGCCGACGGAGAACCCCGCGUAAAAUGAAUCUCAAAGCCAUACCCAUACCGUUGUGUGGUGAGAGAUGCAGGUACCUGAGUCUUCACUUUCUUUCCGUCUAGCCUCGGCACAACCACG